AAUUAAAUACGCAUCGUAACAUGGAGAACUGGGGUCCGGUGUUCGUGUCGGUGCUGCUGUACGUGCUCUUGACCCCUGGGUUGCUGUUCCAGGUCCCGGGACACCAGAGGUGCAUCGAGUUUGGGAACUUCCGGACGAGCGGGGCGUCGAUAUUGAUCCACUCCCUCCUCUACUUCGGCCUCAUCUGUGUCUUCUUGCUCGCGAUUAAGGUCCACUUGUACUUCGUGUUGAGGAUUGGUUUUGGCACCCUUCUUAUAAGUGAGAUCAGUUUAAUGGCGGACUGGGGCCCGGUUGUUAUAGCCGUCGUGCUGUUCGUGCUGCUGAGCCCGGGGCUGCUGUUCCAGCUACCGGGCAAGCACCGGAUCAUCCAGUUCGGGAGCAUGCAGACCAGUGGCAUCUCCAUAUUAGUCCACACCAUCAUCUUCUUCGGCCUCAUCACCAUCUUCCUUAUCGCCAUCGGCGUUCACAUCUACGCCGGAUGACUCUUCUUGUCCUACGCGCGUCCCGUAUAUUCAAUCAAUCACUACUAUGGAUAUAAAGUUGCAACUCCACUAUUGUUGUCACGUUUUUUAUUUGUCUCAUCGAUAAAUCAAUAUGCUCUGGUGCUUUCUCUAGGGACAGCUCUAGACCCUUUUAUUGGUUUGUUCUUAUGAUUGUUGCUUGUACUGGCACCCCAAUUAUUGUUGUAAUUUGGUCACGAGGGUUGACUAUUCAUGUCAUCUUGCUCCCAAUUAUUUUGAUAGUGAUGAUUAGCAGGUUGACGAUUUGAUUGCUCAUAA